AUGAAAUGUCUGUAUCUGUAUGAAAUUUCUGACAGUGGCUCAGCCCCCACUUUCCACCCCAAUGUCCUUCUUCCUGGGCAAAACAUCUUCUACUCCACAGUCACCAUACCCAAGGUGCUGGCCAGCUUCCUCUCAGGGCACCAGGCCAUCUUCUUUACCAGCUGCCUCACCCAGCUCCAUUUCUUCCACUUCCUAGACAGCAGGAAGGCCAUUCUGCUGGCUGUCAUGGCCUGUGACUGCUACAUGGCCCUCUUUAACCCGCUGUGCUACACGCUGUGCCUCAGCUGCUUCUACGACUUCUUCUGUGACAUCAAGCCCCUGCUGAGCCUGGCCUGCUGUAGCACCCGCCUCAACCUGAGCCUCCUCAAAAUCAUCACUGGGAGCUUCACACUGGGUUCUUUUGUCCCCAGCUUCCUGCUGUACCUCUACUUAAUUUCCUUCCUCCAGACAAUCAUGGGAAAGGAGGACCAAUGUCUCUUCUACCUGCACCUCCCACCCCCGAUGGUGUCUCCAUGCUAUGUACCAACCCUUGGCAACUACAUGACUUCCUCCCCUGGGGUCUCCUCUGAAAGCAACAUUAUAGUCGUCCACAUAUACAAUGUUGUCACCCCAAUUCUGAACCCCAAGAUCUAUCCCCUCAGGAACAAGGAGGUGAUAUUUGCCCUGUAG